AUGGGACUCUUUGAUAAGAAAUCUAAGCAUGUCAGAGAACUUGUAAAGUACACAAUCGCAUUCGAUGGAAACGCUCCACUGGCAAAACGAGCUGACUACCGACGAGCCUACUCGACAGAAUACGUAAACGUCAUCGGAAUGACUGAAGAUUUCAAGUUCAUCACGGAAGAGACGCCCCUCAGAGUUGUCAAAUCCUGCGACAGUGUGGAUUUGCUAGCACAAGAUCACAACCAAGGAAUUCUCGAUUUCGCUCGGUUCAUGAAAGAUAUUCGCGACUCCAUCGUCGAUGGUGGAAUGAUGAACGUCUAA